UACUUUGGGUAGUUAAAACAUCAUCCUCUUCACGGAAAUGUAGAGGCUGUUUUUAUGAAAUGUAAUUUGCAAUGCAAGCUCUCUCUCUGUCAUCACUCCACCUAUAUUAAAGAACAAUUAAUAGGAAGAAGAAAAAAAUUAAGAUUUCAUCACCUACCACUUGAAAACUCCAUCUCUUCUUCCUUCUCUCAUUCUCGCUUCCACCAGAUUUCACUGCCUAAGUUUCAAAGUUUUCUCCUUUUCUUUUAUUUGCUUUUAAUUUUUUUUGUGAUUUCUUGUUUUUUUUCACAACAAAAGUUCAUCAUUCUUUAAAAAAACAAAACACUCUGUUUCCUCAGUUCCGUCUAAAAGAUCUUGUCUUUUUUGCUUUGAAGAGUUUCUCUUGUCAAGCUUCUCAUUCGAAGAGUUUGAUGAUUUUGAAUCAAGCAGAUUAGGAAAGGAACAAUGUCUGGACUUAAGAUCUGGCAAGCCAUCAUUAUCGCCAUUGCGCUGUUCACCAUUGUCAUACUCUCUGUUCUUUCAUUUUGUCUCAUUUGGAAAAAGAAAUCAAGAAGAUCCAAAACCUUAAGUCUUCCCAUCAUCCAAACCCCUGUGGUGUCAAAGGAGAUCAAGGAAGUCAGAAUUGAGCAUGUCUCAACGAGUAGUAACUUCGACCCUCAGGACGAAAACAACAAUGAAUCUGACAAAUUCUUGCUUAAUUUGGAUAUGGAGAAGAAGACAGAGAAUGGUUUGAGUAGUAGCCGGUCUGGUUCAGGCAAAGAAGGUUAUCUAUGUGUUGCAAACCGGUCUUCUUCAUCAUUGUAUGAGAUGGCUACACCAUCACCAUCACCUCUUUCCGGUUUACCUGAGUCACACCUUGGAUGGGGUCAUUGGUUUACUCUGAGAGAUCUUGAAAUAGCAACAAACAGACUCUCAAAGGAAAAUGUGAUUGGUGAAGGAGGAUAUGGAAUUGUAUACCGAGGAGAGUUGGUCAAUGGGUCUCAUGUCGCCGUGAAAAAGAUCCUAAACCACUUGGGACAAGCUGAGAAAGAGUUUAGAGUAGAGGUUGAUGCUAUAGGUCAUGUUCGUCACAAGAACUUGGUACGUCUUCUAGGAUACUGCAUUGAAGGCACAAACAGGAUAUUGGUUUAUGAGUAUAUGAACAAUGGGAACCUCGAAGAAUGGCUUCACGGAGCAAUGAAACAUCACGGAUAUCUAACUUGGGAAGCUCGAAUGAAAAUUCUCACUGGCACAUCCAAGGCUCUCGCAUAUCUACACGAGGCAAUCGAACCAAAAGUAGUGCAUAGAGACAUCAAGUCAAGCAAUAUCUUGAUCGAUGAUAGAUUCAACGCAAAGAUUUCUGAUUUUGGCCUUGCCAAGUUACUUGGAGAUGGGAAAAGCCAUGUGACUACUCGAGUCAUGGGAACAUUUGGGUAUGUUGCUCCUGAGUAUGCGAAUACCGGACUUUUGAAUGAAAAGAGUGAUGUGUACAGCUUUGGUGUCUUGGUCUUAGAAGCAAUAACCGGAAGAGAUCCUGUGGAUUACGCGCGUCCUGCUAAUGAGGUGAAUCUAGUUGAGUGGUUGAAGAUGAUGGUAGGAUCUAAGAGAUUAGAAGAAGUCAUUGAUCCAAACAUAGCGGUUAGGCCAGCGACUAGAGCACUGAAACGAGUACUUCUUACAGCACUUAGAUGCAUUGAUCCUGAUUCUGAAAAGAGACCUAAAAUGAGCCAAGUUGUUCGUAUGCUCGAGUCUGAGGAAUAUCCCAUACCAAGAGAGGAGCGGAGAGUGCGCAGAACGCAAGAGGAAAACUCGGAUACCGAUAGAAGCACACCGGUUUCAAGAUCACAGAGCAAGAGACAGUAAUAAUCAGAUAAACCAUUAGAAACAGAGAUUUUUGCUGGGCGCGUGGCUUAUUCUCUGUUCUUUGAAAGUUUGUUGCUUCUUCUGCAUUUUCUUGGUCUUGUUUUUGGGAAUAUUUUUCUUUCAUUUUUCCUGGUUUUUGCAUAUGAAUGAGAUGAUAGAGAGGGAUAUACAUGUGAUAUAUAUUAUAUACAUAGACAUGUUUGUAUAUGGGAAUUGGAUUUGUCUUGAAACCCUUACAUUAGUAUAAUAGAUUGGUGUGUAUAGCGACAUUAAACUUUUGAAGUCUUAUUGUACAUUUCAAAUAAGGAUUUUGACCG